UCCCUACCACUGCCGCUAGCACUCCUGAUGCUGUUGACAAAUACUUGGAGACACCUGGAGAUGAGAAUGAACAUGCCCAUUUCCAGAAAGCCAAGGAGAGACUUGAAGCUAAGCAUCGUGAAAGGAUGUCUCAGGUCAUGAGAGAGUGGGAAGAGGCAGAACGCCAAGCAAAGAACUUGCCAAAGGCCGACAAGAAAGCUGUUAUCCAGCAUUUCCAGGAGAAAGUGGAAUCACUAGAACAAGAAGCAGCAAAUGAAAGACAACAGCUGGUGGAGACUCACAUGGCACGGGUGGAAGCCAUGCUGAAUGACCGUCGCCGCAUCGCUCUGGAGAACUAUAUCACAGCCCUGCAGACUGUCCCACCCCGGCCUCGUCACAUAUUCAACAUGCUGAAGAAGUACGUGCGUGCUGAGCAGAAGGACAGACAGCAUACUCUCAAACACUUUGAACAUGUCCGCAUGGUAGACCCAAAGAAAGCUGCCCAAAUCAGAUCUCAGGUUAUGACACAUCUACGUGUGAUAUAUGAACGCAUGAACCAGUCUCUCUCCUUCCUCUACAACGUGCCUGCUGUGGCAGAGGAGAUCCAGGAUGAAGUCGAUGAAUUACUUCAGAAAGAGCAAAACUAUUCUGAUGAUGUUUUGGCCAAUAUGAUCAGCGAACCCAGAAUCAGCUAUGGAAACGAUGCUCUCAUGCCUUCAUUGACGGAAACUAAGACCACAGUUGAGCUUCUUCCAGUGGAUGGCGAGUUCAGCCUAGAUGACCUUCAGCCAUGGCAUCCCUUUGGUGUUGAUUCUGUUCCAGCCAAUACUGAAAAUGAAGUUGAGCCAGUUGAUGCCCGCCCAGCUGCAGACAGAGGACUCACCACACGACCAGGUUCCGGGUUGACCAAUGUUAAAACAGAAGAGAUAUCCGAAGUGAAGAUGGAUGCGGAGUUCCGGCAUGACUCAGGAUAUGAAGUUCAUCAUCAAAAGCUGGUGUUCUUUGCUGAAGAUGUGGGUUCAAAUAAAGGUGCCAUCAUUGGACUAAUGGUGGGAGGUGUUGUCAUAGCAACAGUGAUUGUCAUUACUUUGGUGAUGCUGAAGAAGAAGCAGUACACAUCUAUUCAUCACGGGGUUGUAGAG